AUGGAGUUUAGUACUCUGGCUGAAUUUAAAUCUGCCUUGAGGGAGUAUAGCAUAUUCAUAGGCAGGGAGUUCAGGUGGAAGAAGAAUGAUAAACAGAGGGUUAGAGCAAAAUGCAAGAAGGCAUGUUGUGAUUGGGAGAUCUACUGUGCAAAGAAUGAACACAAAAACUGUUUUCAAAUCAAGUCAUUUAAACAUGAGCAUAAAUGCUGCAGAGAAAUCAAGAACAAACAAGCAAAUAGAGAGUGGGUGGUCAGCAAACUUGAGGCCAAACUCAGAAUCCAGCCAAGCCUUAAAUGUGUUGAAGCUUUGGAUUAUUUCAAGCAAGAGUUUGGAGUUCACAUUGAAGUUACAAAGAUGUGGAGAGCCAUGAAAAAAGCAAAGCAACUAGUAGAAGGGAGUGAGAGGAAACAAUAUGCCAAAGUAUUUGACUAUGCACAUGAGUUGUUGAGGAGCAAUCCUGGACCAUUCAUAAGUCUAGAUGGAUGUUUCCUAAAAAGUGCAUUUGGAGGAAACUUGCUCUCUAUUGUUGGGGUUGAUGGCAAUAACCACAUCUUUGAUAUUGCUUAUGUUGCGGUGGACGUGGAUAACAAAGACAAUUGGAAAUGGUUUUUAACUUUGUUGCAUGAAGAUCUUGGAGAUUACGUACAGAAUAGGUGGAAUUUCAUGUCAGACAUGCAAAAGGGACUUAUUUCAUCUUUACAGGAAGUCAUGCCCGGUGCACCUCAUAGAUUUUGUGCCUUGCAUCUUUGGAAAAAUUUUAUUAAGAAAUGGAAAAGCAAGGAACUUAAAGGAUUAAAGGAAUAG